CGCGCGCCCCGUUCGAAAAAAAAAAGGAGUUAGGGGAAGGUGAAUCAAGCAUUCCGACCCUCUCUCAACACUGGCCCGUUACCCUAGAAUACGACUACAAUUUAAAGAAUCGCUGGCGGCCAAAUAUAUAAAAAAGAUUCCAUGUCGAGCACUGGCGGCACACAUAUCACCCGUGCACUAUGGCGAAAACGCGGAGCAGUUGCAACAUGGUUUCUCGAUCGCCAGCGCCCAUGCCGAAAUUUCAGCAAUGUUUACAAUCAUAAACCCCAUUCCUUGUACUGUGCACUCUUGACGCGAUCGCACUUUGUUUCAUCGGCAGCCACGGUCCAGGUACUUGCGCCACCACAAGAUCAUGUCGUAGGCACACGCAGCAACAACAACAACAACAACAACACUCGUUACCGUAUUAAACGGAACAGUAGCCAUCGCAACAAAAACAAUAACGAAAUAGGAGGACGACAACAGCAACAAAGCGAUCCACUCAAGGAACGAUUGUCGAUGCUCAAUGUUGAAAAGGCAACCCGAAAAGAUCUCCAACAGAUAUGGAAACUGUUCCUACAACGCGAACAACAACUACAGCAACAACAGCCUACGUAUCUCCCACCACUUGUGACAGUAUUGUUUCGUCUCGUUGCAGAAAAGGGCACGAUUGACAUGAUGGAUACGUUGCACAAGCGGUUCUUACACCGGGAUUCAUUAAGAGUGGAGGACAUUGAAUGGGUCAUUUUUGGCUAUAUUCGAGCCAACAAGACAGGGCAUGCGCAUCGACUCCUGAACGACAUGUACAAGGUCGGUCAAAUGCCUACAGUUGGAACGUACAAUCAGUUGAUCAAGGAGCACAGUCAGCGGUAUCACAACAAACGGCGGCGGCAGAUUGCCCAACAUUUACUGGACGAUAUGCGGCAACAUGGCGUCCAACCCAAUGCGACAACUUACAAGCAGCUUUUAAUAAGCGAAGCCAACCAUGGAUCGGACAAAGACGUUGUGCAAGUAUGGCUGGACCAAUUCCUGGAAUUGCAAGCACCGCGGCCCUAUAAGAGAACACAGGCGUUUCUCAAAAAGCUGGUUCGCGUCUUGUCGACGAGUGGUCAUCCAGGAUUGUGUGCGGUAUUGACCAGAGCAACGGACGCUGGUUUCGAAUUCGAUAUGGAUACUUGGCACAAGGCCAUUGCUGGAUACGCAUUUUCUGGGAAUGUGGAUGGUGCCGACCAGGUGUUGGAUCUAGUACGGCAGCGCAGCAUGGCAACUAUUGACACCUAUCAGACUCUGAUCUGCACCUAUUUACGUCAUUGCAAGCCAAUGCACAUGAAUGCGGCUAUACACGCUUUUCAAUUGAUGCUGCAGGACGGUAUCGCCGCCAAUCACUCGAUUUACCAUGAGUUUUUGGUGGCAUAUACAAAAAACAACGAUAUUAGAGACGACGAUUUACGGGUUAAGACAUUGCGCCAAUUGUUUCGAGCAAGCAACAGCAGCAGCAGUAGUAGUAGUAGUGGUGAUAACAACAAGGGCGGUGUACCGGAUACCAUUGUCGAACGGUUAUUCGAUUUCUAUAUACAACAUCAAGUGCUAUCAGAGGCUGAACAACUUUAUUGGGACUUGCGUCGUGAUGGACAUAGACUCAGUCGGCGGAUACAGGGCUGUGUGUUUGAUACGAUUACGGCAUUUGCACAGAGGCAGCAAUUACUCUCAGCAUUCUCGCUCAUGUACGACUUGAUAGCAAACGAUUACUGGCCAAACAGUCAAUCAAUAUGUGCGAUUAUCAAGGCGUGUGGAGCUCGCCGGGAUUUGGAUGCGGCAGAGCAAAUGCUGCUGAUAAUGGAGGAUAUAUCCAGCGACAAGCUCAAGCCGGUUGUCUAUGCCACUCUAAAGAAGGAACAAGACAUUGCAUCAAGGCGAGAGCUCGAGGAGGAGGAGAAGAAGAAGGGAAAGGAAGAGGAUAUAAAUUAUAAUUCAUCGUCGCCCCCAACAAUGUCAUUAUCAUCACCAUGUACAGACCCAGUAGAAGAUACCAAAUAGACAGAGGGAAAAAAGAAGAAGAAGCAUAAUGUUGCUCCAUUGAUACCCCCCUUUUCACUAAUACAAAUUCUCUGAAUGGUGCACAUAAAGCUCGCUCUACACAACACACAC